UCAAAUUGUGUCUCUUCUUUCAAUCUCCCUAGAUAUUCCUAUAUAAGUACCUAAUGGAUAAGGUUGUGAUUAUUAGGAUGUUUACUGUUGAGACUGUGUACAGUUUUAUGGAGAUGGGAGGCACACCUGGGCAGGUCCUUCUUCAGGGUCUUGUUCAGGGCUACUAGCGUGAAUAUGGGCGGCUACUGCUCCACGAAAUCUUCAGCAGCACCUCGGGCCAUUUCUACAUCGCCCCGCUGACGCAACACCAAAGCCCCAUCUAUUUGAUGCGCUUCACAUGCGCAAGGCCGCCCUCUCCGAAGAAUCUCCCUUUUGACAUUAUUCUCGUUUGUUACUAUAGAACCCAACAUGCCUCCUUCGAAUGAGCUAUUAACCGACGAUUAUGUCGCCGAACUGCUGGCUAAAGAGGCCACUGACUGUUCCAUAAAGUACUCGGCUAUGGGAUUAGAUGCCUUCAAACCAGACAGACGACCAGCUAAUCAGCCAAAACCCAACACACGAUUCCUCAACAACAUUAUACGAGAUACGAACAGCCACAACCGAGCGCUUCUUGCUAAGGAGAAUGCCGAAUCUCAGGCAAGGUUGCGCGACCUCGAAGAAGCCGAUCGCAAGAAGAGAGAUGAAGAAGAGCGCAAAGAACGACGGUCUAAGCCUGGUCCCAGCGACACUCGAAAGCGCAUGCUAGGUGAUAUUGCUGCUAUUCUAGGCGGCCCAUCCAAGAGGCGGAGACCAGAAGAGAGUGACAGGAAAUCCUCGCGUAUAAAAUUGGACCAAGAUAUACUCGAAUCUACUGAUAGUCGGGACCGAAAGGGCAAGUCUCGAGAAACAAGACAUCGGGACGAAGAUCUGAAGCACAAGAGUAGGAGUAGAAGAGAUGAUUCUCGGGACCGCCAUCAUCACUCCCACCGAAGAGAAGAAAGGCGACGCCAUCAUAGCUCAAGCUCCGAGGAAAGAGAAGAUCGACAUCGAGAAAGAAGAGAACGAUCCUCACGAGGAAAAGAUUCCCACUCUAGACACCAUCGUCACCCCGACAAACGUGAUGAACGCAAACGCUCUCCCUCUCCAACCAAAGAUCCAGAUUCAGACUCCGAUCCUCUCAACGACAUCAUCGGGCCUGCGCCUCCCUCCAAAUCAACUGUUCAGCGCCGAGGACGCGGCCACAAUGCCGCCAUGUCCGGCAUCGACAGCCGUUUCGCCGCCGACUACGACCCCACAAUAGACGUAACCCCGGAUCCCGACGAAAAAGGCGACGGUGACUGGGAUAACGCAGUCGAAGCGUUCCGAGACAGACAGAAAUGGAAACAACAGGGUGCGGAUCGCCUCCGCUCUGCGGGUUUCACGGAAGACCAGAUACGGAAAUGGGAAAAGGGGGAUAAAAAGGACGAGUCGGACGUGCAAUGGAAUAAAGCUGGCGGUGUACGGGAAUGGGAUCGUGGGAAAGUGCUUGAUGACAUUGACAACCGUCUGUCCCCUGAGGAGCCCGAGUAUGGACGGCUGAAGGGUACAUGAGAUGUCGAGCAUAUUAGCGAGGAGAUCGCAGAUAUUACUGCAUCUUUUCCUCGGCGAAAUUGGGUCGUUUAGAUUAAAUAGCGUUGGGUUGAGCAUCGUCUUUCGUAUGCAUUCUAUAAGGCGUUUUUCUUUCCAUCGCAUUU